UUCUGCGUUAACAUAGAAUGGCUGUAUCAUCCCAUUACGCCACGACUUUCUUUCUGAUUUUCGUAAUUGCAUUAGGUGUAGCAGGCGGUCAGAAAAACCACUUGUCGGCUGAAGACAACAAAGUUCUCCGGAAUGAUUACGAAACUCUCAAGGACCAAUUUGAAAAUUUUGUCAAAGUCCAAUUUGGUCGUCUGAGUGAAGAAGUGCAGCAACUUAAGCUAAAGGUUCAAGAACAAGACUUACUUUUGGCGUCGUGUAAAUCCCACUUUGGUCGAGAAGAGCUUGACAAGCAAGUAGUUUUAAACAAUGGAGCGAAGGUGGGACUCGAAACCAAAAGUGGAUUACCAAGGACUUGUCACGAAGCCCGUUUGGCUAAUCCCUCGUUGACAUCCGGCGUUUACUGGAUCGACCCAGACGGCCAGGGUGUGGGAGAAGAUCCAAUCCAAGUCACCUGUGAUAUGUCGUCAGGAAUUACAUUUAUUGGGCAUAACAGUGAGUCGGCAAUAAAUGUUGGGCACUGCUUGGACCCUGGAUGUUACACGAGAUCAAUUGCAUACGAAGCUUCGUCAAGACAAAUAUCUGCGCUUAUCGAACUUUCGGAUGAAUGUCGACAAUCAAUCAAGUAUGAGUGUUUUUCGGCUCCACUUGAAUUUAACGAGAUCGCUUAUUCCUGGUGGAAUGACAAAAACGGACAAGCGCAAUACUACUGGUCGGGAAAUAACAAUGCUACUCAUACGUGCCAGUGCGGCAUUGAAAAUUCUUGCGUCGACUCUAACGUCAAAUGCAAUUGCGAUUCCUACGCACCCAGCAACUUAUCCGACAGCGGUGAAAUAACUAAGAAAGAAGAUCUUCCAGUUUCGCGGUUGAAUUUCGGAAGAACGUCCCCGGAAGCGUCAAGUGGAAUUCAUACGCUGGGAAAGUUAAAAUGCUCCGGUCAGAGAGUCGUUAACGGAAUGCCCACUUCGUGCACGGAAUUGUGGCAGAUCGGCCAUGUACUCAGCGGCCUUUAUUUGAUCAGAGGUGUUUCUCAAGUGGAGACAGUUUACUGUGACUUUAGUAAACUACCCACAUCCCAAGGUUUUCAAACGUGGAUAGGGUUUACUGAUGUGAAAUCGUCACCUGUGUUUUUCUACGUGCAAAGAAACACCGACUACUUAACAGCCAACAGUGUUGUCCCAUUUGAAGUCACCAAGCUAAACCUGGGCAAUGCCAUGAACACUGCGACAGGAACAUUCGUAGCUCCAAGAUCAGGAAAAUAUUUUUUUGCUUUGUCGGGUAUCAGUAAUUCUGUUGAUACAUACACAUAUGUUCGGUUACAGUUGAAUGGUGAAGUCGUUGGGACGAGUUUAAGCACGAAUUUAUACCUAACUUUUUCGCUCCAAUCUGUUUUGCAACUUCAUACGGGCGAUCAAAUUAGACUGUUUCUAGCGGCAGGCACAAUUCAUGAUAAUAAUCAACACUUCAUGAACUUUGUUGGCUUCCUAAUUGAAGAAAGCUUCUUUUAAUUUAAAGUCCAGAAAAAUCAUUUCGUGAAGUUAAUACCUCUAAGACACACGAUGGUUUCUGUUUUGAGCGGUUCUAUGUAUCCUGUAGCCUGUAAUCUAUCUGAAAAAAAAAU